CCACGGGCCUGCUGAAUCCCAGUGUUUCCAAUCGGAGCAGAAAGAGCCGAGUGGAGAUUCCCUGGGAUUUGGGGCACCUUGUUAACUCCGAGCUCCGGGCUGGUCAUGCUGCCGCUCGGCCUGCACUUCCUGGCUGCCCUGGGCACCGCUCUCACCUCGCUGCUGUCGCUGCUUCUCCUGCUCGCCGUCUCCCGCCAGCUCUGGACCCUCGGCUGGAAUGUGAGCAGAGACCGGGGCAACAAGCUGCCCCUCCCGAAGGGCUCAAUGGGCUGGCCGUUACUCGGAGAGACGUUGCACUGGAUGGUGCAGGGCUCCAAAUUCCACACUUCCAGGAGAGAGAAAUACGGGAAUGUCUUCAAGACGCACUUGCUGGGCCGCCCGGUGAUCCGAGUGAGCGGCGCCGAGAACAUCCGCAGGAUCCUGCUGGGGGAACACCGCCUGGUGAGCGCUCAGUGGCCUCACAGCACCAGGCUUCUGCUGGGACUUAACACGCUGGGCAACUCGAGCGGGGAGCUGCAUCGCCAGCGGAGGAAGAUACUGGCCCGGGUAUUCAGCCACGCCGCUCUGGACAGCUUUCUCCCCGGGAUCCAGCGGCUGGUCCGCUCCCGGGUCCGGGCUUGGUGCAGGGGCCCGUCUCCGGUCGCUGUCUACCCGGCCGCCAAGUCGCUGACGUUCUGUAUCGCCGUCCGGAUCCUGCUGGGUCUGCGGGCGGCCGACCAGCAACUCGACCGCCUGGCCGCUACCUUCGAGCAGCUGAUGGAGAACAUCUUCUCGCUGCCUGUGGACAUGCCGUUCAGCGGCUUGCGGAAG